AUGAACACGCGCUCGAGCACACCCCCCACACCCAGCCCGGCCCCGCGCUUCAAGGCCGACUCAGAGGGCUACCAGUACCUCGACAAGCGUCCCUCGCUCAACCGCCAUGCGACGUUCACCAGCCAUAACGGCCGCGCCGAUGGCGACCAAUACUACACACAGAGCCAAAACCCCGACAGCCGCGAGCAGAGCGCUCCGCCCCUGAGCUCCUCGACUACGUCGAGCCUCACCGACUCGCCCGUCCUCGAGACGCCCACAACGACGAGCCAGGAGCUCGAAAUCCACAUGCACAGCCAGGAAGCCAAGGCCAGCGACGAGCACGAACAACAGCAGCAGCAGCGCUUCCCCAAGCUCCAGGUCCUAGACACACUCGACCUCCUCGGCUACCGCCCCACCGCGACCGGCCUCGUGGCUGAUCCCAACAACCAGGCCUCGGCCUCCACGGUCCAGCACCUCGCCUCAGCCCCUGCGCCCGGCGGCACAUCACCAACGGCGUUUGCCACCACUACCACUCCGCCUCCUCCCGAGAUCAAGCCCUUGAUCCGCGAAGCCAUCGCCUUCCCGUCCGCUGCCACUGCCGCCACCCAGCACCACGGCGCAUACGGUCUCGGCUCUCCGUACCAGCAGGCGCGCGUGUACCAGUACGGCGGGAGUCAAUACACCAGCCAGCAGUUUGCCGACGACGCGGCGUCGUACGCCAGCUCGGCCGCCUCGCCGACCACCGCCACCCAGCAGCACGGUCAGGGCAGUUUCAACAACAGCAACGGCGGCGGCGGCGCUGUCCCCCAGUCCUCGCCGACGUUUGACCAGCAGCAGACGUACAGCCCCCAGGUUGGAGCGACGUGGUACCCCAACGACUACAGCACGCCGUACGCUCGCCAGUCGCAUAUGCAGGGAGCGCCAAAGCAGCCAGAGCCCAUCCUCGCCCCCGGAGAGCAGCCUGCUCCUCGUCCGGCUCCCUCGUACGCGGCCCUCAUUGGCGAGGCUCUGCUCCUCUCGCCUCCGCCCCACCAGCUCUAUGUAUCGGAGAUCUCGGAGAGCAUCAAGAAGAGGUACCCUUACUACCGCCAGAACCCGUCCAAGAUCUACAAUGGUGUCCGCCACCAGACGUCGAUGUGCAAGGCGUUUGUCAAGCUCCCGCGCCCGUUCGGCGACCAGUCGGGCGGCGCGCGCAAGUGGGCGAUCCGCCAGGGGUGCCAGUCGUGGUUCUCGCCUAGCGGCUUCCACCCGCCCAGCCAGAUGAACAUGAGCACCAAGCAGAGAGGCGGGGGCAAGAUCAAGACCGUGUCCAAGGGCGGCGGAGGCGGCAAGGAGCGCCGCGGGUCCUCGCCCAUCUCGUACAGCGGCAACGUCGCCGGCCCGUCGUCCGGCAGCCCAUGGGACCCGGCCCGCGAGCCCCACCCUUACCAGCCUGGUGCGGGCGGCCAGCUCCAGCAGGUCGUCAUGCAGCCCAUCCAGCAGCAGCAGGUGUCGUACUACACCCAGCCGACGGCGUACCACUACGCUCCGAACCACCCGCCCCAGCCGUACCCGCAACAGGUUUGGAGCGGCGCGUACGCCGCCAGCCACCAGAGCUACCCCCAGCAGCACCAGCAGACCGUCAGCCAGCAGCAGCAGCAGGACUUCCAGCCGGUCGAGACGUGGCGCCAGCAGGCGGCCAUGACCAUGGCCCCUGGCACGGGCUACGAGACCCGCUCGCGCGCCGCCACCAACAACGACACCAGCGGCGGUGUCCACCAGUCGGCCCAGGGCCACUACAACCUCCAGCAGGGCCCCAACUACACCCAGGCAGAGAGCCACGACGUCGACGGCGAGUCGGACACCGACGACGAGGGGCACGACUAG